UGUUUUGGUUUUGCCAACAUUUCUCAGAAUACGGAUUGCAGGACCUGUGGGCGUAUCAUUCGCAGUCGUAAGCGGUGAAGGACAGAUGGCAGGAGCGUUCCCUCCAUUGAUGGAGAGAGGGUGCUUCCGUAUGUUACGGUCAUUUAGCAGCACCACGGCAGAUCUUGUGUUGCCUUGGAUUCUGAAUCCCAGAAGGCAAAGCAAUCGAUUCCGAUUCCAACACGUCUCCGUGUGGUGCAGAAACCACUGUUCUAUCACUCGUGGUGUGUGAUAUAGAUUUCUGCGAGGCUCGUCUUAUUUGAGAUCGGUUCAGAGAGCUGCUGUGAUCAUGGCGGAGAGCAGUCUCCACGUUGUUCUGUUCCCAUGGCUGGCCUUUGGCCACUUGAUACCCUUCCUCGAGCUCUCCAAGUCGUUAGCCAAAAGAGGCCACCAUGUCUUCUUCCUAUCGACCCCAAGAAACAUCAGCAGGCUCCCCAAGCUCCCUCCCUCUUUAGCUCCAUCCAUAGACUUCGUCCCCAUCCCUUUGCCGCCAUGCGAGGGCCUCCCCGACGGCGCAGAGGCCACCAGCGACCUCCCACGGGAGAAGGUCAAAUACCUCAACAAGGCCUUCGAUGGCCUCGAGCAGUCCGUGGCCGAGUUCCUCGUGCAGACGUCUCCGAAGCCCAGCUGGAUCAUCCAUGACUACGCUCCAUAUUGGCUGCCUCUGAUUGCAACCAGGGUGGGCGUCCCGUGCAUCUUCUUCAACACGUUCCCGUCCUUCGUCAGCGCGUUCUUCACGGGACCAGGUGGAAGAGGGAUGCAGCGGCCCGUCGAGGCGUUCACUACGCCGCCGGAGUGGAUCCCCUUUCCGACCAAACUGGCUUAUCGAGCGCACGAGGUCCGCAGCCUUAGCGACCACGUGAAGCGAGACGACGUCUCGGGGGUGUCGCUGGUGCGUCGAAUCGAGAUGGUUGGCAAAGGAUGCGAGCUCAUGGCCGUACGCGCGUGCACCGAGUUCGAGCGUGAAUGGUUAAGCCUUCUUCGAGAGCACAACGAGAAGCCGGUGAUUCCAGUAGGCCUACUUCCUCCUUCGAUCAAGGACCGGAGUGGCGAGGCGAACCAGGGUGCCAACACAGGGGACAUCUUCCUGUGGCUGCGCGAUCAAGCUCCUGGAUCUGUUCUUUACAUUGCCUUGGGGAGCGAGGUCGCGCUAAGCGCGGAGCUGCUGCGCGAGCUGGCCUUUGGAUUGGAACAGGGCGGCCUGCCAUUCCUCUGGGCUCUCAGGAGGCCGGACGACAUGGAAGCGUUGCCGGAAGGGUUCGAGGAGCGACUCAAGGGGCGCGGUGUCGUCGCCUUUGGGUGGAUUCCUCAGCUCCAGGUUCUGGCGCACGAAUCCGUGGGCGGAUUCCUGACGCACUGCGGCUGGGGAUCUCUCAUCGAAGGCCUCGCCUUCGGCCGCCCGCUCGUCCUCCUACCCAUUGCUUUUGACCAAGGCCUUAAUGCGCGACUCAUGGAGGAGAAAUCGUUGGGUGUGGAGAUAGGAAGAGACGAGGAAGACGGGUCUUUCACAAGGGAAGCAGUGGCGCACGCAAUUGGACUGGUAAUGGUGGAGGAAGCAGGGAAGAAAAUUAGAGACGCCGCCAAGGAGAUGAAAGAUGUGUUUGGCGAUACAGAAUGCCAUGAAAAGUACGUGGAUGAGUUUGUUCAGUAUCUGCAACAUCAUAAUAAUUAGAUGUAAAGCAAUCUUGGACUGGUUUAAUUCAGGUCAAAGCUCGACCGACAUCCGACGCAAACUAAUUGAAUCUUUUGAGCUGUGAUAUCACACAGGACGAGGAGCUGUGUUCCAAGUAUAAAGAGAAGCAGAUGAGAUGACAAGCGUCAUUCUGUGCGCAGACAACAAAUGGCUAAAGAGAAGCUUUAAUUUGCACUCGAGAAAAGAACCAGAAAUGCAACGAGCAGAUACAGUAGCGUCAGAGGUCAGUUUGACAGAUGGAAAGGCUUCGAGAGAUCGAUCACCUUCACAGAAAUGUAGGAACUCUAGCAUCCAUUGCUUACAGAUGUAGAACCCAUACAGUCGAGUUGAGAAAACAACAAUAGAAAUACAAGCAGAAUCACAACAUGUAUAGAAGAAGAUCACUGAGAUUCUAAAUAGCAUUCAGAAGCUCUACACUUGCCCUAAAUACGAUAAGAAUUCCAGUUUUGAAAGCUCACUAGAAGAAAUCAAAUUCCAGGUAGUUAUCAGAACCUUUCUCAGAGGUGAGGCUGGCCU